UUUUCAGGGGUGGCGGUGUCUAAGAUACAUUUUGGUACUACUAUCCUCAGGGGUUUACCUGCUGUUCAACUAGCUUAAUACGAGUCCGUACAAGUGGGACAUUUGAGUGUGUUUACUGUCGGGUGCACUGUUUGAUGCCCUUGCCCAGACGUCAGAAAAGCAUGAGUUGCGCAAUGUGGAGUUGGGCGUGGGGGUACCUAUAUAAGGAGGACUUGCUAUUGGAAAGUUAUAAGUAACAUGUCAACGUUAGCGUUAUUCUCAUUGAAAGGCAAAGUGGCCGUUUUAACCGGCGGUACCAAUGGCAUUGGUUUGGGAUACGUACGAGGUUUAGCAGGUGCCGAGAUAAGCCAGAUCAUUCUCACUUACAGAAAUGAAGAUGCCUUGAAGACGACGAUUAAGGAGAUAGAACGCAUCAAUCGCAAUGUCAAGGUUGAUGCUAUAAAGGUAGAUUUUGCCGGAGAUGAAGAUCAGAACGUGCAAUUGAUCACGGAGGAAUCAUACAGAUUGUCAAUCACAGGAAAGGUUGAUAUUCUUAUCAAUAAUGCAGGUAUAGCCCAUCGUUCACCUUUGGAAGACUUUCCUCAGGAGAAAUUCGACGAGGUGAUAAAAGUCAACUUGAAUAUUCCCAUUAAGCUUACAAAAAGUAUUGGAACCCGUAUGAUUGAAUCGGAAACCGAGGGUAAAAUUGUCUUUACUGCUUCACUUUUAUCUUUUCAAGGGGGACUCAACGCUACUCCUUAUGCAGUUUCAAAGGGAGGGAUCAAGAGUUUCACACAGGCAGUUUCAAACGAAUGGGCCUCCAAAGGUGUCAGAGUCAACUCGAUUGCACCAGGAUACAUCGAAACAAAGAUGACUGACACAAUGGAUCCAAAAAAUAGAUCCAAAAUUAUUGAUAGGAUCCCUUUUGGAAGGUGGGGAAAUAUAGAUGAUUUCCAGGGGCCAAUAGUUUUCCUUGUAUCUGAUGCUUCUAGAUAUGUUACUGGCGAAACUUUAGUGGUGGAUGGUGGGUGGAUGAGUCGAUGAUUUGGAUGUAUGGAAAUUUUUAGAACUUCUGAUCUUCAUGGAUCAUUUAAUGUUAUCAAUUAUAAGAUAGUUUUAACACCUCUCUAUACUAUACGUAAGUAUUGUGACAUGUUUUAGAUCAAGGUUAGGUUGUCUGUUUACGAGAAAUUCCUUGUACCGAGAUGAGGAAGGAACUACUCAAUUAAUCUUCUUUGAAAACCUUUCUUAAUGCACGUACCCUC